AUGGCUCGAACCAAACAGUCUGCACGAAAAAAUGCCUAUUCCUGUACACCACCCUCUUCAUCUUCCUCAUACCAAUCCAUAGAACGUUCUCCCUCUCCACCACCUCGCCCAUCACCACCACACACAUCUUCUGCCUCUCCCUCUUCUCACACUAGUCAAGAAGUUCUAAACCUCAUUCCUCUGUCUACCUUUCUUCCACCACUAUACACUCGUCCUACACCAAACUUCGCUCAAGUGCCUCCCCAUCUUCGCACUAGAAUCACUCAUCCACGCCGCUCCAUGCGUGUCCAGUCUGGAAUUGGUACGUCGAAAUCCAUGAACCCUAAACCACAUUAUUUCAUCAUUUCAGACUCUGAGAGUGAUGACUCUUUUGAUUCGUGUCCCCCAGUAGCAAAAUCACCAACACAAACUGAGCCACAAAGAAACACGAUGCCCACAACACCAACACCACCACCAAAAAAUCCAUCAACAACUACUAACCCUUCGACACCCUCAAAAAAGACAGAUGUUUUGACCGAUCUGUUUGAAGAAGACUCCGCACGAUUUUUGGCCACUUAUCUGAAGCCUCUUCCCAAAGUAUUCAACAACAUGUGUCAACAUACCCUGAUUCCACACUGUGGAAGUCAUGAGUAUGUAUCUGAUAAUGAAGCCUUGCUCAUUUAUCAUCUUUUAAACUGCAAGAGAUUGAAUCUACCUCAUGUUAUUCUGCAGCACAUGAUCUGUGCAGCCAAAAAAGAUUACAGAAAGAAUAUUGUGCCUUAUGGCAUGGUCCUGACUAAAAUCUUCAGGCAUUUUGGAGUAUCUCUUGCAUCUGAACAAUCUUUGAUAAAAAUUUCCAAGUUUUCCACCAAAAACCUAUCUCAUAUGCGUAAAAUCGCUUCUGCUCCAACACCUACUCCUCCAUCCUGUCCCACCUCUCUCAAAAGGAAAAGAUCAUCAGGAAAACGACCUUCCACAAAUCCUAUUUCCUUCUCAUCUCCUUCUACUGAUCCUAAGGAAAUCUCAGACAAAAUUCCUACACCAGAACGUUCUCCACCUCCUCCAGAACAUAUCCCAUCACCUUGUACUCUUUUUGCUCAAACAUCCGACAGAGUCUCUUCAGCUAUUCCCUCAUAUACACUUCACUGCCCCAUCCACGACUUUAGUACUUACUUGUCUAAUCCACUUUUAUCUACCAUGUCUCCACUAUUUGUUUCACCUCAGAAAACCAGCUCAUCCAUUUUUGGCAUAAGUCAGUUUUUGAACUUUUCCGCUACUGCUGGCCCCUCUACCUCAUCUAUUGGCCCCCUACCAUCUGUUUCAUCUUCUUUUGUCUCUAUUCCAUCCUUAUCUACCAUGCCUAUUCCUUCCAACACAGUUGUUGCUACCUCUUCUCAACCCUCCGCUCACUUUCCCUCCACUUCCACCUUAGCUGCACCCUCCAACUCUGAUAUCAUGGCUGCUCUCCAGAUCAUCAUGGCAAGACAAGUUCAGCAUGAUCAAGAGACUGCUUUACUCAGAACUUGGAUGGCUGAUCACCUUGCUCUCAAGCUGGGAAUUCCACCUCCGCCUCCUCAUCCGGUGCCACCUCCUUCUCAGACCCCUCAUCCUGGCAAAUCCUCCUCCUCAGAAGGAUCUUCUCCCUCCCUAGCUUCUUAG